AUGAUCACUAGAGCGUGUGAUGGCAUCGUCAAGACCCUCACCAAGAUGAACCUCUCCGCCAGUCACACUUUGAUCUCAUCGAUUCCCAGGAACUACUACAACACGCUGGCUGAUCCCAACUGGCGUGCAACCAUGGCAGACGAAUUUCAGGCUUUGGUCAACAACGGCACGUGGCGCCUUGUUCCUCGAUCCCCCGGUGCCAAUGUUAUGACAGGCAAGUGGAUAUACAAGCAUAAAUUCCACUCUGACGACACUCUGCCUCGCCACAAGGCCCGAUGGGUGGCCCGUGGCUACUCGCAGCAGUAUGACAUCAACUGCAACGAUACGUUCAACUCGGUCGUCAAGCCAUCAACCAUCCGGGUUGUCCUCAGCAUCACCGCCUCCAGUGCUUGUCCCAUUCGUCAGCUUGACAUGAAGAACGCCUUUCUUCAUGGCCAUCUUGAGGAGAUCAUCUACUGCUAG